UGAAUAGAAGAGUGAAGUCUGAAAUAAAACGUGUGACUGUGAAAGAGAGUGUGACAGCUGGCACUUUUGGCCAAAGUUUGGCAGGCUUUCCCGUUUGCAUUACAGUAAUUACAGGUAUUUAAAUAGAAAAGUAAUUACAGGUAGAUCUACUACGUUGUAGCGGCAGUUUAUUGGGUAAUGCUGAACCGAACGUCGCACUUGCUGGAUUUGGCCAAUACCUUUCGUUGUGCAAUAGUAUCGUGAAGGAUUGCCUUUCUGACAUGGAGAUAGACAAUGGACUGGCACUGAGGAUUGGUCUGAGCUUGCUUGCAGCUGUUAUCGCAUACAUCCUGCUGGUGAAGUCGAAGAACAAGUCUGGUGAAAGAGCGUCGAAUGAGCCAGCAGUAACAGUGACAGCACGACCCGGUAAAGAUCCGGCUGAAGAAGAGUUCAGCGAUGAACCAGAUGAGCCAGUGGAGGACAGCGAUGAUGAAGAUCCCGGUGCAGCUCUCGAACAGCUGCCUCGCAUCAAGCUGGAUCAUGAACCCGUUGACGGCGAGGAGAUGUGCCGGCGCUCACAGCACUUCUACGAUGUCAUGAAGAAGCGUAGAACAGUGCGAACAUUCAGCAAGCGUCCCGUGCCCCGCGAAGUUGUGGAGAAUAUAGUUCGUGUCGGUGGCACGGCACCCUCUGGGGCUCACACGGAGCCGUGGACAUACGUGGUGGUCAGCGACCCGGAGAUCAAAGCACAGAUCCGGGACAUUGUCGAGCGCGAAGAAGAGGUGAACUAUGACCGGCGGAUGGGAACAACCUGGGUGAAAGACGUCACCCUGCUGGGCACCGACCACAGCAAACCCUACCUGGACGAGGCACCAUACCUGAUUGUGGCCUUUGAGCAGACCAGUGGUGUUCGGCCAGAUGGCAAGAAGAAACACCAUUACUACAGCCGGCUGAGCGCCUCCAUAUCCGCUGGCAUGUUACUUGCAGCUGUGCACUACGCAGGCCUUGUCACGGUGACAUCGACCCCGCUGAAUUGCUACGCGGCACUGCGUGAUCUUCUUGAGCGGCCGGCAACGGAGAAAGCCUUCCUGCUGUUGCCUAUCGGCUACCCCUCUGAAGACACCACCGUGCCUGAUCUUGUCAGGAAGCCGUUGGAAGACAUCAUGGUGAUGACGUAGUCAUCUAGCAGCAGAUAAGCACUACAGUCUACAGGUAAAUGUCUUCUCUGAAGUUUUGGUAGUUCUUACUUCUUAGCAUCAUAGUGCUUCAUACUGCUACGAAUACCUCCAGUGAAUUCUUGAGAAGUGGCGAUGUGAAAGUCGACAGGCUGUCUUUUCACACAUGAUUUUUAGUUAGCUUUUGCAUCCCGAUGGUGUGUUUCGAUAUCAGAUUGAUAUUACGACAGUCUGUCCUGAGAUUGGCCUCGAUGCGCUGCAGUAGACAAAUCUUCUGGUAUAUUAUUUUACUAGAGAUUUUAAGUGGAAGGUAUGCUAUGGGGAAGGACCAGGGCAAUUCUGCCUAUACUAUAGUGUGGUCUUGUGACCUGCAAAGAGCAGGGCGGGAAGGAUUCAAGAUCCUUUUUAUGUCACUAUUGCUAUACGUUUAGAGAGCUUGCACAGAGUUAAGAGGGUUGUGCUGGCCUUUGCUCUGAUAUAAUUAUGCAAGUAGGAACUUUUUGGCAUGAAGCCAGUAGCCUGGAUCACGAUCACUAUCAUUGAUAUCAUUUCUGAGCAACAAUCUCAUUUCAAAAGAGUGUUUCAGUGACUUGAUUGUUGAUGAAACGAGCCAAUGG